UAUAAGGCAGGGCAGGAGCACCAAGCAGUGCAGGGACUGGAAAGGCACCAGGCCGGCUACAGCACCGCCCACGUCCCGGCUCUGCAGACAAGAUGCAGCGACUGUGUGUGUACGUGCUGAUCUUGGCGCUGGCUCUGGCCACCUCCUCUGAAGCUUCUUGGAGGCCCCGCUCCCAGCUGCAGGAGGCACCCUCGGAUCCAGGGGCAAAUAGGGGCCUGGAGCCACGCUGGGUGGACCGGCUGGGCGCAGCCUCUCACCAGCGAAGGCAGCUAGGGCUCCAGGGUCCCCCACAGCUGGUGGCAGACCUGUCCAAGAAGCAGGGACCGUGGGUGGAGGAAGAAGAAGCAGCUUACGGAUGGAUGGACUUCGGCCGCCGCAGUGCUGAGGAAGGGGACCAGCGUCCCUAGAACGGAGCUUCAGAGCCCAGCCAUCUCCCAGCCCAGCCCAGCCCCAUGAAAAACCACUCAAAAUAAAUUAGCUUCCAAUGGA